CUGACAACGAUAGUUUCUAAGCUAGUCACCAACCGCACCGCCAUUUCCAAGACACCGCAGAUUUGCACCUCGCGACGCGACGCAGCGCAGCACAACACAUCAAUGACGAAGGUCGGUACGACUGAGGUGACCUCCGAUCCUAUCGUCCGCUCUCCAAGCCCUCACCCAUGGAGCUCGGAGAACGAUAUAAACGCCUUCGUGCAAGUGCCAACUUCGGCAAUUUCUGCAGCUGGUCUCUUCCCCAAGGCUGCGUAACUCUCGCCGAUCGUCUGCUUUAAUCUGUACGCCAUGGAGCGGCCGGCGUUGUCGCUGCUCGUCGUCCUUUCGCCACGGACUUCGCUGCUCUUCGUGGUCUUGUCGUGUGCGUCGCUCCUGUGGAGCCUCGGCAACGCGCAGAUCGCCGCUGCUGCUGCCUUGCCGCCUGUCAGAUGCGCGAAUGGAUCCACUAUUGGCAUGUGCACCAUCAAUAACGCGUACGGCGUGAACAUGGACGGAAGGCCCUGCCAGCUAGGCAGGGUAUUUUACCCUCGGACCGAGGAUGAACUGAUCAGUGCUGUCGUGUAUGCGAGCCAGAACAAUCUUCCGGUGAAGGUGGCCAGUGCAACGGUGCACACCAUCCCCAAGUGGUACUGCCCUGGCGGCACCACCGGGGUUUCCAUUAUCACGCGUGACUAUAAGGGGAUCUCCAUCGAUAGGGAUACCAUGACAGCCACUGUGGAUGCGGGAGUCAUGCUCGACGAUUUCUUCGCAUACUUGGCGGAUCACAACCUCACCUUCCCUACCGCCCCGUAUUGGGCAGGCGCGUCUGUGAUAGGGGCCAUAGGCACCGGGUCCCAUGGCAGCACUCUGCAGUUCAAGGGCGGGCGCAUGGGCGAGUAUGUGCGGGGGGUGCGUGUGGUGGUCCCCACGGACGAGGCGAGUGGGUGGGUGGGGGUGAGGGACGUGAGGGGCGGGGACGAGCUGCUGGCUGCUCGCCUGCACCUGGGGCUGCUGGGAGCUAUUUCAAAAAUGACGCUGGAGGUCUACCCCUUGUGGAAACGCGAAGUGACGUACUACAACACCAGUGAUGCGAAUCUCGAGAACGAGAUUCUCUCUUUCGCCGAGAACACAACGUUCCCAGACCUCAACUGGUACCCGUCCGCCCGAAGUGUGUUUUGGCGCCGGGACAACAUGGUGCCCGUCUCUCGCCCUGGCACCGGCUCCUACGCCCUGCCCAUCUUCCGAGGGCAGUUUGACUACGUGUGGACCGCUCUUGCUGCGCUGGACUAUGGCACGCAGACCUCUCCCGACGAGCAAGGCAUCUGCAACCUGUGGCAGACAGUGCAGGUGCCUGUUCUUCUGAACCUGGGUGGUGGGUUCACCAAUGAUGGCAAUCUCUUUAGGGGCUUCCCUGUUGCGGGCUACCACAAUCGCUUCCAGACGUCCUCUGGCUGUGAGGACGCUGGUCGCACCCCCUUGGGCCGGCAGGUGUGCCCGUGGGAUCCGCGCAUCAGCGGCAUCCGCUUCUACGAGACCACCAUGCUCAUCCCCCUCACCAAGCUCAAAGACUUCAUCCUUACCAUAAAGCAGCUGGCAUCAGUGCGCCGACUCGGCUUCUGCGGCCUGGCGAACUAUGGCGGAAUCUUCUUCCGAUUCAUCAAGGGCUCCGACACCCUGCUGGGGGCAGAGGAGGAUUCUGUGAUGGUUGACAUUCAGUACUAUAGGAGUGAUGACCCGUCCAAGCCAAGAACUAGCCAGGAUGUGACAGACGAGUACGAGCAGAUCAUAGGGAAGAUGUUUGGCGGCAAGCCACAUUGGGGAAAGAACAAGGAUGUUUCCUUCAUUGACAUCCCCAGCAAGUAUCCCAACCUCCCUCGCUUCCUCAAAGUCAGGGAGAGGUUUGACCCAAGAGGGCUCUUUUUGAACGACUGGGCAAAGCGGGUGCUGGGGCUGUCCCAGCAGCCAGUGCAGGUGUAUGGCGACCAGUGCGCCAUGCGGGGCCUCUGCCACUGCGCUGCCGACGUGCACUGCAACCCCGCACUCGGCUCUUACUGCAGGCCUGGAAUUAUCUUCAAGGAAGCUACAGUGUGCAAGGCUGAGCCGUCUCAGUAGUGAGUGUACCUCAGAACCACAACCAGUCCAGUCCACCCGUAGUUUAUCAAGCAGCCCCUUGGUUUUCAAGCCCCAGUAGAAAGUAGCCCCACGAAUUUAUAUUCCCUGUUUGCAGCACUCCAUGUGGUAGGGCGUCACUCUGUUCAGCUCUAAAAUGAAAAUAUGUAAUGUUCUAUGCGCAGUUUCAAAAGAAAGGUUGUAUGUACAUGGGCUGGCUUUUGCGCCUGCCGCAUUUCGGAGUUCAUUU